UGGACAAACUUGUUGAUGUUGAGUUGGCAGUUUGGCUUUAAUGUGAUUUUUUUGUCUUUCAGGGUUUGUGUUAACACUCCGCGAAGGUUGAGAAAAUCUUGCUUUUAAAGCAUACUGGUGCACGGUUGCAGGCAGCACUAGUGCGGCUGGAGAACAGGCAGACAGUUUACAUUCAAGUCAGCCUCGGCACUUUCACACCAUUGUUUUAAUCCUGUUUACGCCAUCAAACCUGCUGAAAGGACGGUGCUACUGUUGUCAUGACGCUGAGGAGAGUAAACGUGGUGAUCCUCGUCCUGCUGGCCGUCGCCUUCCUCAUCAUAGUCCAGAGAAACCUGCUCAACAUCAGUGACUUCCUGCAUAAAGAAACCCCAGAUGCUGGGAUGAUUCUCCCCUUCGAGGGCGAGCUGUCUCCAGAUCUCAGACUGGAGUGGAGGAGGACGGGAGAGGAGAUCCCGCUUCUCAUCACUGCUGCAGAUGACAGACUUGGAGCUGUGAUCGCUGCCAUGAACAGCGUCUACCACAACAGCAAAGCCAAUGUUGUCUUCACCAUUGUAACCAUGAAUGACACAGUGGAUCAUCUAAAGAGCUGGCUGAGUAGUACAAAAUUAAAAAAUGUCAAACACAAAAUAGUUAUUUUCAGGCCAGAGCUACUUAAUGGGAAAAUUUCAAAAGAUCCAAAGACACUGGAGGCUGCAAGACCAUUGACUUUUGCCAGGUUUUAUUUGCCUCUGUACAUACCCGAGGCAGAGAAAGCCAUUUACUUGGAUGAUGAUGUUAUUGUGCAAGGAGAUAUUCAAGAGCUUUAUAACACCAACCUUAAAGCAGGACACGCAGCUGCCUUCUCCGAUGACUGCGACUCAGCAUCUGCAAAAGGCAUCAUUCGAGGGGCUGGAAAUCAGAACAAGUAUAUCGGUUUCCUGGACUUCAAAAAGGAAAGUAUUAACAAGCUGGGGAUGAAGGCAACCACAUGCUCCUUCAACCCCGGGGUUAUUGUCGCCAACCUGACUGAAUGGAGGGACCAAAACAUCACCCAACAGCUGGAGCACUGGAUGGAACUCAACACUCGGGAAGACCUGUAUAGUAAAACACUUGCGGAAAGCAUCACUACCCCUCCACUUCUCAUUGCUUUUUACAAGCGCCAUUCCUCCAUUGAUCCAUUGUGGCACGUGAGACACCUUGGAACUACAGGCGCUGGAAACCGCUACUCCCCCCAGUUUGUGAAAGCCGCCAAACUCCUCCACUGGAAUGGACACUACAAGCCUUGGGGGAGAACAUCCUCAUUCUCUGAUGUGUGGGAUAAGUGGCUCAUUCCUGACCCCACAGGAAAGUUUCAUCCCGUACGAAGACACAGUGACUAAAGCAUUUCGACCCCCCCGGUCCCAGUUGGGGAACAAAGUGGUGUCUUCCUUUCUCAGGGAUGAGGAAAAGCCCUUUCCUUUGCCAGACCAUUGUUACAUGGACCUCCUUAGGUCGACAUCACUGGGGACAAAGUUAUUUUCUUUAUAGGAAACAUACCAUUUCCUCAAUCACUAUGAUAAACGAUUGAAAGCAGACUGUUUCACAUUCAUUUCUCAUGCUUUCUCCUGAAGAGCGCUGCUUUUACAUUUUCUGUUGGCGAGACUUGUGCCAAAAUAUUCAAGCAUUUACACCAUCAUUGUUACAUAAUGGCCUUAGAGGAUGAUUGCACGCAGCUAAAUUAUGUUUUUAUAGCAUACUAAAGGAUUUUACAAGUAGCAGAGCUGUGGUGGAGCCGUUUCCCUCUUCCCCGAUGGUCCAGUCUGAAUUAUGUCACGUUACCACUUCAGGUCAAUUGUUUCAACUUCUUUUGACUUCUUUGCUCAAACUUUAUUAAAGUUAACAGUACAGCCUCAUUUUUAUUUGCCCCGAUAUGCGUCACUCAUGUUGAAGUACCCCCCCAACUGUAUUUAGGUCACUAACCCAACUUGACCUUUGCAGAAGCUUAACAUAUUUGCACAAAUGUCCUAUGCAUCAUCUUUACUGUUGGGAUUUUUAUAUGUUGAAAAACAAUUACCUCGCCAUUGUAACAUUUUGUACAUGAAAUAAAUUUUUCUUCAUUAUG